GGCCCCUGAGGUGCUGCUGGCCUUUUCAGGGUCGGCAGGCCUUGCUGCCGGGGGAGGGGGUGACGCCGCUCUCGUGGCCUCCGAUGGACCGAUACGUGGUCAAACGCCCUCCCGGGGAGGUGGGGGACGGUGGCGGGAAGAGGCCCCGGGCAGAGCGGCCCGCCGCGGGGCAGCCCCCCUGGCAGGAGAUCCGCGCCGAGGGCCUGAGCUGUGAUUACCGGCUCCUCUUCGGCAAGGCCGAGGCUGAUGCGCUUUUCCAACAGCUGGAGGAGGAGGUGGAGUACUUCCAAGGUGAAAUGACAAAAUUGCAUGUGUUUGGUAAAUGGCACAACAUUCCAAGGAAGCAGGUAACCUAUGGAGACCCUGACUUAACAUACACUUACUCAGGCGUUACCUUCUCUCCUAAGCCGUGGAUCCCAGUUCUCAACCGUAUCAGAGACCGCAUCACUUCGAACACAGGACAUACUUUUAAUUUUGUUCUUAUUAACAGAUAUAAAGAUGGUGGAGACCACAUAGGCGAACAUCGAGAUGAUGAGAGAGAACUGGUUCCACGCAGUCCUAUUGCAUCCGUGUCUUUUGGAGCUUGCAGAGACUUUGUUUUCAGGCACUGUGAUUCCCGAGGGAAAAAUGCAACGCGCCACAUUAAGCCCAUCAAACUGCAGCUGGCCCAUGGUAGCCUGCUGAUGAUGAAGUACCCCACCAAUGUGUACUGGUACCACAGCCUGCCCACCCGCAAGAGCGUGCUUGCCCCAAGAAUCAACCUCACAUUUCGGAAAGUGAGGACUACAGGCAAGAAGUGAAUAUUCAGCAAUCAAGCGCCAGAUCUUUUGGCUCUGAAAAUCAAAGAUGUAACUGUCAAUUUCUCUUUCAAACAGUCGUUGGUGAUCCAAGGUACCGGAUGAGCAAAUUAAACCAAGGGAGGCAAUAGUGUACUCAGUAACUUGCUAAUAAAGACUGCGACUACUGAUCGUAA